AUGCCAGAAGGAGGCACGCCGGGUCGCCUUUGCCGAGAGCAAACGGCAGAAGAUAUUGUCGGAGUUGGCGACACUGAGAGCCACGAACCCGGCGGUGCCGAUGGUGUCUUCCCUCGACCUGCGGAGGAAGACGCGGAGCCGCAGGACUGCGGCUCCGAGGCCUGUGCGCGGGCUCGCGACAGGUUGAGGGCGACCAACGCCGACCUGAACGAUCAGGUCGACGCCCUCACGUCUUCCUUGGCCGAGCUCACGAGGCGAUAUAAAAAACUUCUUCGUCGGCAGACGGCGAGGCCGGCUCAGGAAGUCCGGAGGGUGACGGGCAAGCUCCUCGGCGCUCUGGAGGCUCCGGUGUCUCCGGACCGGGAGGAGGCACCACCGGAGGCCACCGGAGACUCUCCUCCGGAGGUGGAAGCUGGUCCCGUCACGCCACCCCCGCUGCCCGAGGAGGAGGAGGCGGAAGAGUCGAGCGGCCCUCAGUUUCCGGACCACGUGGUCGCCCUUAACGAGCUCCUGGCGGAGUUCAGGAGGCAUCACGAGGGGCCGGAACCCAGCCGGAAGCUGAGGGACAACGUGACAAGCAAAAUCUUCCGCAUCAGGGCCUUCGUGGCCUACAUGGCGGAGGGGAAGAGCAGGCUGGCCACGUUGCGGUUCAUGGACGACCCUGAGAGGAUGAGGACGUGGGUGACAAAUCUCAGGGCGUCCAAAAUGACCGAGACCACCUUGAACCACUACCUGAACAACGUGGCCCAGUUCCUCGAUUACAUCCAUGAGACCCCUCCGCCGACCUCCCGCCUGUCCAAGAAAUCCAUGCUGGGGAUCAGGCGGGAGGUCAGGGCCCUGCUGAAGGGCCUCCGUAGAGGUGUUGUCAUGCACCAAAUUGGGGUGAAGCAGGCCAAAGAGGGCCGCGUCAUCCCCAAGGCGGUGCUCCGUCAAUGCCUCUCGGAGGCCAAGAAACGCAUACCGGAGGUCCUGGACCAGCUCGAGAACGACCUCCAGCAAAAGACUCAGUUCUCGUUCUAUGGCUACUUGACGGCCUACUACGCCUCCAUUUACGGGCACCGGCUGGGGGUUUUCCAGAACCUCACCAUCCGGGAGGUGGAGGGGGCCGUCAAGUCGCCUAGCACGGGGGACUACCUCAUAAACAUCUCUCUACACAAGACGAACCGGGCGUUCGGCCCGGCGCAGCUGUCCCUGACCGCCGAGGAGUACGGAUGGUUUCGGCGGUUCCUGGCGCUGCGCGACCGGCUGGUCGGCGGGCCGGACGCCCGCUUGUUCUUUUACACAUCGACACCCAACCCCUGUAAGAACUUGAAUAACUACUUUCAGGGGGCUUGGGUGUCGAUGGGCCUGCCGGGGAAACCCACGUUCAUGGACGUGAGGACCUCCAGGACUUACCCACGUAAGCGCCGGACACACGCCCGUAACACCCACUCGAAGGCCGACCGGGAGAAAGUGUCGAAGUUCAUGUGCCACGACACCUCCACGGCCGACAGGUUCUAUGCUAUGAACCUGAACGUCAAGCAGGCCGUGGAGCACCGUCGGCUCUUCGAGGGGGCGUUGGUGGGGGAGGAGGUCUCGCCAGCGAAUCCGGCCGCCGAGGCACCUUUGGGUCAGCUUUUCCCUGAGGAAGGUCACGGAGCCUUUCGGCCGUGCCCGUUGUGUGGCCGGUCGGUCAAAUACAUCCGGCCACACUUCGCAAACUCCCACAAGGAUCUGUCGGACAAGGAGCUCAAGAGGACUGUCCGGCAUUUCCAGUGGGAGAUCACUAUGGAGAGGCUCCGUGAGCUUGAGGCCAGCAACCCGGAGGUGCCUCUCGUCACACUUGAUGAACCCUCUGACGAUCCUGACACGCAGAUUGAGGUCUGCCCGCCGGUCUGCCCGCCGGUCUGCCCGCCCGUCAUUCCUGCGAGCAGCGACCCUCACACUGGCUUCUCCUUUGAUGCCUUUCUAAUGACCAUUGGAGAUGGGGUCGAGGCCAGUGUGGGGGUAAAUGAAGUGGAGCCAUUUCAAAUGGACAUAGUGUCCAUGAGUUUCAUGGAGAUGCUUGAGGACAAUUCCAUGGAUCCUCUCCAGUGGGGGGAUACGCUCCUAGGGCCGCAGUACCCCUCACUGGAGGAUAUUUAAAAAGUUUUAAUUGUUUAAAGUGUUUAUUAAUGUAUGUUCAAUAAAGUUUUUAUAUGUGUUUUAAUCAUGUGUUUGGUUGUUCCUUUAUAUUUUUAAUUGCAUGGUAAAUAACAUGCAAUAUCAUUGUCACUGAGAACUGGUACGUUUUUAAUUGCAUGGUAAAUAACAUGCAAUAACACUG